ACCAUAAACCUUACCCUUAUGGCAACAAUUGUGUGCCAAGGUUUGCAGUCAUGUCUAGAGUCUCCAGUACUUGAGCCAAGAACGCUAAGGCUCAGAUUAUGUUCACCAAAACCCCACCUCUCUCAACUCCAUGAAUUAACCUUUAAAUCCUGUUUCAUAGAUUCCAACACCAAACAACUUGAAGAGAAAUACCAUUCUCAAGAAAAUGGCCACACUAUCUCUUCUACUGCUGAUUCGGGAUGCUGGAGCUCCAUCCAAACUAUCUCCAAUGGCUCCCAAUUAGGCAGCUCCAAAGAAAACACAACAUAUGUCCAUCCUCAAGUUAAGCGUUCUAUGUCUGCACUUAGUGAGAAGAGCUUGAAACUAUGCACGGAAAGUUUAGGUAGUGAAACUGGCACUGAAAUAAUUGAAGACAACAUUUUCUCAUUGUCAUCUUCUUCUUCAUCAUCAGGUGAGAAUUAUCCUAAUUCUUCCACAAGGGAGCAGCAAGAACCGCUUCAACUUUCGGUUGCUAAGAAAGCAAGUUCUCGUAGUUUUCCACCUCCCUUGACAACAAUAAGCGGACUAGAAUCUCUUCAAGUCAGACCCCACCGCGAAGACGGACGGCUAAUUAUCAAAGCUACGAAGGCACCCCCUACACGCUCUCUGUUUCAAGCUGAAAGAAGCCAUGGCCGCCUUCGACUAUCAUUAUGUACACCAUUUUAUCAUGACUCUGAAGAGUGCUACCAAGAAGAAGAGAUCGGAAAUGAGUACUUGGAUGAAGUGGAAGAUCAUGAAGAGGUAGAAGAAAGGGAAUUAGAUCUUGAAAAACACGAAGAUGAAGAAGAAAACGAUGCCUACUUGGAAGAGGAUAUGAAUGGGAGUAGUUUAGAUGUUGGGGUUAAAAUAGGAAUGGAAAAGUUUCAAAGGGCUGGUAGGUGCAAAGAAGGCGAAUCUGAGAACAACAAAGGAUUGUUAAAUUGGGAAAAUUGGGAGUCUUUUUGGGUGGCUACAUCCUAAAGCUUUAAUUUGGAUCUCUCUCUCUCUAUAAUAAAAAUAGUUUGUCCUUUUCCCUUUUUGUCCUUUAUUUCCUCUAUAAAUCUCUUGUUUCGAAAAACAAAUAUGCUUGUGGUGGUGGUAGGCAGUUAUUAUCGUUAUUUGUUAUUUGAAGAUGCUUCCUUUUUCUCAUCCUCUGCCUUUCUCUCACACACAUUCUGCACACUUCCCUUCAUCUAUGGAUUAGGUCUAGGC